AUGGCGCCUUUGCCGCCAAACAGUCCUCAGUCAGUGAUCUAUGCUCUGAAUAUGAAAAACGAUGAGCAUGAGGCCAGCAUCCAAGCUCUUAAGGAGGCCCAUCAAGAAGAGAUUCAACACAUCCUUGCUGAGACGAGGGAAGCUGCCCUCCACUAUAAGAGGAAAGUGGAGAAGGAACAGGAGCUCCGGCAGCGGAUUCAGACCCUCGAAAAAGCUUUGGAGCAACGCAGGCCGUUGAAAGAAGAGGCCUCAACAGAGUUCACCACAUUCAGGAAGCAGGAGGACAAGAGGGAGCCAUCAACUGAGAGCGAACGUGCCAAGGAGGAAAUUUCACUCCCCAAGGGUAUGCUACACAUGAAACCAGACCCUGAAAACAGAGUCCGGACUUCAAACCAGGGAUCAGACAGUCUCUUGAAUGAACAGGGAGAGAAACUGAAUAUCAAGGGAAUCUUAAAUGAAAAGGGCAGCUUGGAAAUGUGGACUCUGAUCAGGGAGACAGAAGCCCUCAAGCAGGAGAACCAGAAAUUAGCUGAAGAAUAUGCCAAGAAAGCCUGCCAGCUCCAAGCCUCUCAUGAGGGAGACAAAGAGACCUGGAGGAAGGUCAAGCAGCAGUCCCCGGCUGAUUCAUGCCAAGAGUGGCAGCCAAGGGAAACGGAGGAGCAAAGGGGAAACAUUGAGGCCCGAGAAGCAGCAUCGCAACAGCAGAUGAGGAAGCUGGAGGCCGACCUGGAGACAAGAGGCCAGCGCAUCAGUGAGCUGAAGAAGCAUUCCCAGAAGCUGAAGGAGACGAUGCAGGACUUGGAACUGCAGCUCAAGGAGGCCCAGGAAGUGACUGUGGAGUCAAGGAGGACCAUAAAAACACUGGAGGAGGAGCUCGCUAUAGCCAAAGAAAGACUCUUGCUACAGGAGAAUGAAAUUCUGCAGAAAACGGAGGCCAUGGAAAAGGUGCUGGAUUCCCAAAGCAAAGCCAGGGAUGAAGUGGAAGACCUGAAGAGCCAGAUGCCGCAUUUUCAGCAAGUCUUGUUGUCCAAGCAGAGCCCUGGGGGCAAAGACCCGCAGCCCAGAGGAAACUCAGGUGCAGAAACAGAAGCUCUAAUAGACCGGCACAGGGAAGAGCUUCGCAAAACCAAGCAAGGAUCGAAAGAGGAGAAAAUGCUUUUGAAAGAGCAGCUGGCAAAAGGACUGGAGGAUCUGGUCAGGAAGAAGCAGGCUUUUGAACUCAAAGCCGCCCAAGCCGCCACUGAUGCCGCCAGGAAAAAAAUGCAGAAGGAGGUUCAGGCACAGUUGGAGGAGUUAAAAAAGAAACACGAGAAGGAAAUAAGGCAGCUGCAGAGAGAGAAAGAUGCUAUUCAUGGGAAGCUUCAGGACUGUUCUCAGGAGUCCCAAGAUGCAUCUGUGCAGCCGAAAAAUGUUUCCAGGCAGUAUAAAAGCAGAACAAAAAGCAGAGAGCAGUCAGCGGCGCCGUCAAGCACCAGGAAUGAAGAGAAACGAAGUGAAAUGAAUGCUGCCGCUUCUGGGUCAGACUCUGGAAGGGCACUGAAAAGAGAAGACGAGGAGGCUCUCGCCAGCUUCCAAAAGGAGAAAGCGAAAGAAAUCCAGGCUUUGCAAGAGGAAUGGUCUUCCCAAAAGGCCGAAUUGCAAGCUCAGGUUGCAAAGCUGCAGCAGACUGUAGAGCAGCAAGCGAGCCGUUUCCAAGAAGCCCUCGGCGAACAGAACCGACAGUCUGGUAAAGAGAAAGAAAAGCUCUUGCAGAAACUUCAGGACACAGUUCAGCAAAGCCAAGAUAUUAAAGCACAGCUGGAAGCAUCUCACCAGAUGGCCAUAAAUCUCCUGGAGAAAAGCAAGAAUCAGGAGCUCAAGGAGGCCGAAGAGCACUGGAAGAAGGAAUCUAACGAGAGCUUCAAGGUCCAGCAGGACUCCUACCGGCGGGAAGUGCAGGCCUUGGAAGAGAAGGCCAGAGAAGCCUUGCAGCGUGAACUGGAGAAGAGGCGGCAGCGGCAGUCUUCGCUGACAGAAUCUCUGAGAACGGAGCUGGCUGAGCAACAGGCAUCUUGCGUCGCUCACAAACAAGAAAAAGACGAACUGCAGGAGGAGCUGAGGAACAUGAUGGUCCUGAAGAGGCAGCAGGAAGAAGAGAACCAUGAUCAGAUACAGACUCUUAAAGACGAAGUGGUGAAAUGUCAGAACGAAAUCUGUGGGCUCAAGAAGGAGAAUGCCCUUCUGAAGGACACGCUGGAUCUGCUGAGGGCAGAUGCGGCAUUACAGAAACAGACAUCUGGACAGCUUCAAGAACCAGAGGGCCAGCACAGAAGAUUUAAAGAACUAGAAGAGACACCGAGGAAGAAGGACCCUUGGCCGGAAGAUCUACACCUUAUAAGCUGCUUGCAAGAGAAACUCAGUGAGAAAGAGGAGAUGAUCAAAGAAUUAAUGGAUGGCAGACAACUUCAGCCUCCCUUUGUGUCCAGUACCAAGCCUCAUCGCAACCGAUCCUUUUCAUUUAACACGAAUCCUUCAACGUGUUUGGCUCCAGUUGCAAAGCAGAAGAAGAAAAUGGACGACAUGCCCAGCCGUAUCGUCAGCGUUCCGGAUUUGGCCUCCUACGCCAAAAGCUUUUUGAGUGGCGAUUUGAGACCUAAGAGGAACCCGCCUCAGAUUACAAAAUCGACAAGUUUAGAUCAGAAUCCUGUCUGUGUCCGAGUGUGCUAUCCGCCGGUACAAGCGCUGGAGACCAAGCCGGGCCCAUGUUUGCAGAGCAACGAGACGGCAAAACCCAAAGACGCUCAGAAGCUGGAUCCUCGACCCCAGGAGUGGUUUACCAAAUACUUCUCCUUCUGAGGAAAGCCAUUUCUGUAUCCAUAUAUAUGUGAAUAUAUAUGUAUUCUUAAGACUGU